AACAAAAAUGGCGCUCUAUGUAUUGUGAAGUGGAGAAGCUACAAACAAAUGUCUUUUAUGAUUUGAAAAACUGAAAAAGUCAGGAUGAAGGUGGUCAAUCUGAAGCAAGCCAUUCUACAGGCUUGGAAAGAACGAUGGAGUGACUACCAGUGGGCUAUUAACAUCAAGAAAAACUUCCCAAAGGGAGCAACAUGGGACUAUCUGAACCUUGCAGAGGCCCUGAUGGAGCAGGCGAUGAUUGGUCCCUCUCCCAACCCUCUUAUUUUGUCUUACCUCAAAUAUGCUAUAAGUUCCCAGAUGGUGUCUUAUUCCAGUGUGCUUACUGCCCUGAGCAAGUUUGAUGACUUUUCUCGGGAGCUGUGUGUAAAAUCCCUGCUGGAGAUAAUGGACAUGUUUUGCCAUCGUCUCAGCUGUCACGGGAAAGCAGAGGAAUGCAUCGGGCUGUGUCGGGCUCUGCUCGGAGUGGUGGUGUGGCUGCUGCAGGGCUGUGCCUGGUACUGUGAGAAGCUCCGAGAACUGGGGCCAUCAGCCAGCACAGAGGCCAUUCUGAGAGGCUGCCAGGAGAGGCUUCAGAAUUUGAUGAACAGCACCAAGAACAGAGCCCUGGUCCACAUCGCUCGGUUGGAGGAACAAGGUGGUUCUUGGAGCAACGUAGAGCAAUCAGUGCUGAAAGUGACCGAUGGCCUUGGCAGUGUACCGAACCAGACAAUGAGAACCAAAUUAGAGGAGAGCUUGUCACUAGUAAAAGGUAUUCCCAUGAUGCUGUCUGAGCAGAGUGACCCUAAGUUCCACGCCUCCUUUCCAUCCGUCCACGCCUUCAUCAUGCUGGAGGGGACCAUGAAUCUGACCGGGGAGACACAGCCACUGGUGGAGCAGCUGAUGAUGAUCAAGAGAAUGCAGCGAAUCCCUGCGCAUUUGUUUGUCUUGGAGAUCUGGAAGGCCUGCUUCACUGGCCUCAUCGAGUCACCAGAGGGCACAGAGGAGCUCAAAUGGACUGCGUUCACAUUCCUGAAGAUCCCACAAGUUCUUCUGCGACUAAAGAAGUAUCCUCAGGGUGACAAAGGACAGGACUUCAUGGACGAUGUGAAUAUUGCGUUUCAGUACUUACUCAAGCUCACACCAUUACUGGACAAAGCUGAUCAGAGAUGCAAUUGUGACUGCCUCGGCAUGCUCCUGCAGGAGUGUAACAAGCUCGGUCUGCUGUCGGAUUCAAACACAACCUGUCUCACUUCAAAACGGGAGUUCGCCCCGAGGUUAAAGACAGCAGAAAAUGCAAACAUCCAGCCUAACCCGGGUCUCAUCCUGCGAGCUGAGCCCACUGUCACUAAUAUUCUCAAGACGGUAGAUGCAGAUCACUCCAAGUCGCCCGAGGGCCUUUUGGGGGUCCUGGGACACAUGUUGUCUGGAAAGAGCCUAGAUCUGCUCUUGGCGGCAGCUGCAGCCACUGGGAAACUCAAAUCCUUUGCCCGGAAGUUCAUCAAGCUUAAUGAGUUUCCCAAGCACAUCAGCGGCGAAGGAUCCAAGUCGGCGUCCGUUCGGGCCCUGCUCUUCGACAUCUCCUUCCUCAUGCUCUGCCAUGUGGUGCAGACGUAUGGCUCGGAGGUGAUCCUCUCAGACCCCAGCCCUUCAGGGGAGACGCCCUUCUUCGAAACGUGGCUGCAGACAUGUAUGCCUGAAGAUGGCAAGACUCUGAACCCGGACCACCCCUGCUUCAGACCAGAGCCUGGCAAAGUGGAGAGCCUGGUCACCCUGCUGAACAACUCCUCAGAGAUGAAACUAGUUCAGGUGAAAUGGCAUGAAAUCUGCCUCAGCACGCCAGCAGCCAUCUUGGAAGUUCUAAAUGCAUGGGAGAAUGGAGUUCUCUCAGUGGAGGCAGUACAGAAGAUUACCGACAACAUCAAGGGCAAGGUGUGCAGUAUGGCGAUCUGUGCGGUGGCCUGGCUGGUGGCCCACGUCAGGAUGCUGGGGAGGGAUGAGCGGGAGAAGCCCCAGACUAUGAUCCGGCAGCUUGUGACCCCGCUGUACGGGGAGAACACUCUGCAGUUUUACAAUGAACGCGUGAUCAUUAUGAGUUCCAUCAUGGAGCACAUGUGUGCUGACGUCUUUCAACAAACUGCCGCGACCCUGCGCCCCCCAAUGGAGGGCCUGGAGCCGAUCCCCUACCGCAACCUGCUGCCGGCCAAAGACCCCAUCCACGUGGCCCUCAGCAAGCAGUUCCAGACGGUGCUGCGCAAAGGCUGGGUGGACAGCCGGGCCCUGCAUCUGUUUGAGAGUCUUCUCAACAUGGGAGGGGUCUUCUGGUUCACGAACAAUUUGGUCAAGGAGCUGCUGAAGGAGACUCGACAGGAGUGGGCCGACCGUGUGGCGGAGUUGCUCUACAGCAUCUUCUGCCUGGACACUCAGCAGAUCACCCUCACCCUGCUGGGUACCAUACUGCCCGACCUGCUCACAGACUCCGCCCACUGGCACAGCCUGGCAGACCCACCCGGAAAGGCGCUGGCCAAGUUGUCUGUGUGGUGCGCACUGAGCUCUUACUCCUCUCACCACAAAGGCUCGUUCUCUGCUCGUCAACGCAAAAGGCAGCGGGAAGAUAUUGAGGACUACAACAGCCUAUUUCCCUUGGAUGACACUCAACCCUCUAAACUCAUGCGUCUGCUCAGCUCCAAUGAGGAUGAGUCUGCUGCCCUUUCCAGUCCAGGAGACCGAUCUAUGAGCAGUUCCCUGUCUGCCUCCCAGCUCCACACUGUCAACAUGAGGGACCCUCUCAACCGAGUCCUGGCCAACCUUUUCCUCCUCAUUUCCUCCAUCCUGGGCUCCAAGAUGGCGGGACCUCACACCCAGUUUGUACAGAGCUUUAUGGAGGAGUGCGUCGAGUGCCUGGAGCAGGGAAGUCGCGGGAGCAUUCUGCAAUUCAUGCCCUUCACAAUGGUUUCUGAGCUGGUGAAGCUGCCUGCUCUGGCCAAACCUAGAGUUGUCCUGGCCAUCACUGACCUGACUCUGCCGCUGGGGAGGAGAGUAGCAGCUAAAGCCAUCUCCGCCUUGUAAACUGUGGGUCGUCCCCCCCCCCCCCGUUGGCUCAGUGUCUCACUGGGUGAAGUACAGCUGACCGUUUUUAAAAACUGGAUCAUCCAUUUAAAGGGAUUCUUUGUUUGAAAAUGGCAUUUUUAUAAGCAUGUUUCUGUAAACACUGUUUUGCUAUUGUGUUUUGUUUUCUUUUUCACACUUAAAGAAAUGUGUAAAUAUGUUUGGAAAAAAAAAAAUAUCUUGAAGAUCCUCUGUUUCUUUACUUACACAAAGCGAGAUUCAUUCAUUGCGUGUUUGAGAACAUAGUAUGGUUGCGUCACAUUCUGGAGAGACAACAUGGGAUUCCACCGCUGUGAUGAUGAUCACAUGCUAGCGAGGCUAACACAUGACACACUACGUACAAGGGAGUUGUCAGCAGUGACAACAGCUUGUGCUUAUCAGACAAGUCAUCCACCACUUGCAACACUUCUUCAAGGAAAUCCGUCUGGCAGAAAUAAUGACGCAAAAGCUAUUAUUUCACUUUUAGUUACACUUCUCUAUUACAGUAUUGACUCCACUGGAAUUUUAGAUGUAAUUUUAUUGACAGCAUGUAUCAGCGUAACCCACUGCCGGUGCUUGAUGAGUCAUGUAUUGUCAUUCACAAAAAGUAACUGUUCCCUUUUCAGGAAAAUGCAUUUUUUUAUUGAAGUAUCAGAAAAUAUAAACACAGUACAGCAAGAGAGAGAUUCAUACAAAAAUAUUUAGUUUCAUUUAAAAAGUUUACAGAACAUAUAAUUCAUCCUAAAUAUGCACCCAAUCCCCUAAAAUGAGUUAAUAGUUGAUAAAGUUAAAUAAUAAUAAAUAUUCUGUCUCGCUAAACAUUAUUUUUAUUAAACUCAGAUAUUGGAGGGAGUUAUAAAUAUAGGUUUUAAUUAUUGAAAUGAUAUACUGUAUAAUAUUUUUGUCAGAAUGUAGGAUGGUGAUUUUAUUUUCUGUUAUUGCUAUAUGAUACAGAAAGGACAGGGAUACAGAGUUUAAUCAUAAAUAAAUUCCCGAAAUAAAUAUUCCAUAAAUAAAUAUAUAAAUAUAUUUUUAAAAAUAAUCAUUUAACAGAUAAAUACAUAAAUAUGAUAUUUUUUUAAAAAAUGGCAGAAUACGGUUUGUUUUGGACAUGAACUUAAAUCAGUCACAGUGUGACAGCUGUUGGUCAGCUCUCGGUCUCUUCCCCGUUGCUCUGGUCCAGACUCCUGAGGCAGCGGAUCAUGUCCUGCCCGAAGGCCUGGAGCUGCACCAGGGUCAGGUGUGCUGCCACCUGAACGUCGUAUUCCCCUGAUAGACGCAAGGCCACAGGCGUUGGCGAGGGCUGCGCCACAGCCUCUGUUCGGGCCAUCUUCAGCAUCUGCAGGAGCACACAAAACAACAUCAUGAAAGUGUCUCAAAGUCGGGAUUGUUUUGCCAAGAACGACAGUGACUCAGAAGUAAUAUUCUACCUUAUUGAUCUGAAUGAUGAGGUCUUUGAUGUCAGCCAGCAGCCCAGUCAAUUUGUUUUCCAGCCGAGGAGAGACGGAGCUCAGCAAGGCCCGGUGCAGCUGAAGACCCUCAGACAUGCGCAUCAAACUGGUCUCCUGAUAGGAAAGAAGAACAGCAAACUGGUCAUUGUUAUUUGUUCUUCAACCAUCGUUUGAUUACACCGAACGAUUUCCCUGCUAGAUGCUUACCAAAGUGAAGUUUUCCGACACAACUCGGAGCACAGGAGCAGAGGGGAUGCCAAUGGUGGAUGCCAUAUACACAAGCUUGGCAUUUUCUGAGGAGUUGAGUUGUAGCGUCUGGUGGAGAGAUAACGCGGAGAUGUUAUGCAUACAUUGCAGCUUGGCAUGCAACAGGAAGCGGACAUUACCUU